AUGAUCAACCCGACCUACCUUGCCCAAAGGACGCGCUCGUCACACCCCUCUGAUCCCUCCCAGGCUCCCGAGAUCCAACAGAUGUACUCGCUCAACAUGCCCGUCUCGGCCAUCCGCACAAAGAUGAGACAGGAGUUCGAGAGACACCGUUACGUCCAGCAAUUGAAGACUGUCGACGUCCUUCUAUUCAACUCUCACCAGGAAUACCAGGAAACCCUCAACUUCUGGAAGCAACUCACCCACGUCCUCAAGUACUUCCGCGCCGAGGAGGAUCCCAAGUCUGCACUGCCCAAGAACUUCAUCCAAGGUUUCCUCGAGGUACGAAACGCCGUGCCAGAAAACAUC